CGAGACCCAUGUUACGCCAACGUGAACCUGACCAGCUGAACGGGGUGCCCGAUGACUGCAAGGACCUCCUUCAUCAGGACGAGUGAAAAGUCCACGCCAUCUCAUCCGUGAUGUCUGUCUUGACCUCACUCAUCAUCCUGCUCGUGACCGUCGGAUCCUCUGCCUACCUCCUCCUCCGCCCACGCAAGAGAUCCGGUCUCCCACCAGGUCCACCCGGCCAUUGGCUCUGGGCGAAUACCUUCGAUUUGCGAGGGCAAGAUCCGUGGUUGAAGUUGGAGAGUAUCGCCCGGGAGUAUGGACCAAUCACGCAUCUUCGGAUCGGGACUCGAGAUUACGUUUGGUUAAAUGAUGGAGUGGCAGUGAAAGAGUUGCUCGACAAGAAAAGUGCGAUAUACUCCGACCGACCACAUUUUCCGUUGGCGGGAGUGCUGGCGCGUGGGAGUCUGAGGUUGUUGUUGAUGCCGUAUGGAGAUCGGUGGAGGACGUGUCGGAAGUUGGCGCAUAAUCAGUUGACAGACGUGAAAGCGACGUCAUACCAGUCUAUUCAAUUGCUCGAGUCGGCGGUAUUGCUAAGGGACUUCUUGAGUGAUCCGGAGAAUUUCAGACAGCAUUUGAGACGGUACACAUUUAGCGUGAUUAUGCAGAUCGUGUAUGGCGUGAGAAUCGAGGAUUGGCAGCAUUGGGCUCUCCAAGAAUCUUUCGCUGUCAACCAUGAUUUCAUCCAGCUCCUGGUGCCGGGGAGGUGGGCGGUUGAGACGUACCCUUUCCUGUCGCAUUUACCCACUUUUCUGCAACCAUGGAGGGAAGUCGGGCGAAAGCAACACGAGCGAGAACGGAAACUUUGGUUGAGGUUAUGGGAAGAACAGGGAUUGGCGGAAGAGGCGGGGAUAGCUCCGGAGUGUUUUGCGAAAGGAUUGCGGCAGGCGAUGAAUGUUGGAAAUGCGAAGGGUGUGGAGGAACAUGUCGAUGACCUACAAGCGGCAUUUCUCUGCGGCUCCAUGAUUGGCGCAGGCUCUGAUACAACGUCUAUGCAGUUGGCCUCCAUCAUCCUCGCCAUGCUAAAGUAUCCUGAAUGUCAGAAGAAGGCGCAACAAGAGUUAGAUUCCGUCGUGGGCUCGGGUCGGCUACCCAUCUUCGACGAUGCCCCAAACCUUCCCUACGUCCGUGCCCUCAUCAGAGAAAGCCAACGAUGGCAGCCGGUCACCGUGGCCGGCCUUCCCCACCAAAACACAAAGGACGACACUUAUAUGGGCUACCGCAUCCCCAAAGGCACCAUUGUAACCCCAAACCACUGGGCAAUCCACAUGGAUCCUACCCGAUACCCCGCCCCACGCACCUUCAACCCCGACCGAUUCCUCGGCGACACCACAACCGAAGCCGAGAGCGCAGCGUCAGCAAACCCAUCUGAUCGAGCACAUUAUGGGUUUGGCGCGGGAAGGAGGAUAUGUGUAGGUAUACAUGUUGCGCAGAGGAGUUUGUUCAUUACUGUCUCACGCUUGUUGUGGGCUUUUGAGUUUCGGGAGAUUGAGGGGAAGGAGGUGGACGAGACGGCGUAUGAGCAAGGGGCUAAUCAUGGACCGAAGCCGUUUGAGUGUGAUAUUCGGGUGCGAGAGGGACGGCGGGGAGUGAUUGAGAAGGCAGUGGAGGGUGUAGUGGGUGCAUCCGACUCUUCAGCCGCAGGACAAUGAGUGCAGCAAAAAAUCAUCAGAGUAAGCAGCUCGACGA